AAUCACAGCCGUCGUUGUUGGCAGGGCCGUUUAUUGACAAGGGGAGAAGGUGACUCCUCGACGAGCAGAGCCGCAACUCGCACAAACUGUAACAAAUAGCCCAAAAGAAGACUGUUGUGUGCCCGGUAAACAACCAUGUCUUCUUUCGGAAGGGCGCUGGGAGUCCUCCGGACCGGCGCUCAGAUGCUUAAACGCGGCCCACAAAGAAUAACGACCAGAAAUGGUAGCGGUGGUCCGCACAUUGAGCCACAGUACAGGCAAUAUCCACAGCUGACGAAGAAACAGAAAUUUGAGUCAGAGCUCAUCAGUGGUGCCAUGUGGUUUUGGAUCCUUUGGCACUGCUGGCAUGAUCCAGAUGCAGUGCUGGGUCACUUCCCAUGGCCUGAUGCCUCCGAAUGGACAGACGAGGAGCUUGGAAUCCCAGCAGAUGACGAGGAAUAAGAUCGUGAGUGAUUGAAGCCGUCAGACAAGUCUUUGUGGAAAUCUUCAGGAUAUUCUGAAAGUCAUUGUUGUACAUAGACUAAUAAAAUUAUCUUUAAGUAUGUUAAA